AUGCUCAUCCAGAUCUCCUUGGCGUGCUCCCUCUUCACGCUGCUCUUGCCACUGGGACUGGGGCGGCCGAAAAAGGCGCCACCUCUGGUGGAAAAUGAAGAAGCUGAGCCAGGCCGUGGUGGGCUGGGUGUAGAGAAGCCGGGGCCCCUGGGUGGAGGUGGGGUAUGGGGGCCCCAAAUGGGCUUGCCUCCCCCUCCCCCGGCCCUGCGUCCCCGCCUUGUGUUCCACACCCAGCUGGCCCACGGCAGUCCCACUGGUCGCAUCGAGGGCUUUACCAAUGUCAAGGAGCUGUAUGGCAAGAUCGCGGAGGCCUUCCGGCUGCCAGCUGCCGAGGUGAUGUUCUGCACCCUCAACACCCACAAAGUGGACAUGGCCAAACUCCUGGGGGGCCAGGUUGGGCUGGAGGACUUCAUCUUUGCCCAUGUCAAGGGACAGCGUAAGGAGGUGGAGGUGUUCAAGUCGGAGGAGGCGCUGGGCCUCACUAUCACCGACAACGGGGCCGGCUACGCCUUCAUCAAGAGCAUCAAGGAGGGCAGCGUCAUUGACCACAUCCAGCUCAUUAGCGUGGGCGACAAGAUGGAGGCCAUCAACGGGCAGAGCCUGCUGGGCUGUCGGCACUACGAGGUGGCCCGGCUGCUCAAGGAGCUGCCCCGAGGACGCACCUUCACACUGAAGCUCACGGAGCCCAGCAAAGCUUUUGAGAUGAUCAGCAUGCGUUCAGGGGGUGGCCGUCCUGGCUCCGGCCCGGAGCUGGGCACUGGCAGAGGGACUCUCCGGCUCCGAUCCCGGGGCCCUGCCACUGCAGAGGAUCUGCCCUCGGCCUUUGAGGAGAAGGCAAUUGAGAAAGUAGAUGACCUGCUGGAGAGUUACAUGGGCAUCAGGGACACAGAGUUGGUGGCCACCAUGGUAGAGCUUGGGAAGGACAAGAGGAAUCCAGACGAGCUGGCCGAGGCCCUGGAUGAGCGGCUUGGUGACUUUGCCUUUCCUGAUGAGUUCGUCUUUGGUGUCUGGGGUGCCAUUGGGGAUGCCAAGGUCGGCCGAUACUAGGACUCCCACUGGACCUUGCGAUGACCUGAGCCGGGCCUGGUGGGAGCC